AUGGAUGAUAAAUUUUUCGAUGAAACAAAUGUAUUCAAUGAUCUAUGGUGUACAAUAACUAAUAAUGGUUUAAAAUCUAUAGAAAAGUUUUCUGAUGAUAAAAAGUGGCCGGUCUUACUUCAAGCGUUAUGUGAAUAUUAUCGUCCAAAAUUAUUUGAAUUAUUGAAAAAAAAUAAAAUCACCGAUAAAGGAAAUUUGUAUGAAUUAGCAUUAGAUAAUGUUGCGAAAUAUGGCUGGUCACAAGGGUUACAAGCAGUUCAAAAGAGAAUAAUACCGAAAUAUUUUAGAAUAUUACUAGAGAAUAUUCCUGUAUCUAAAGAUACAUCUGGAAAACCAGUUCAACCGAAAGUAGAAGCUCCAACAUCGGUAAGCGAGCAAUCAUGUAUGUUUGGUGAAAAUACUCAGAUUUCAUGGAAGUUCAGUGGCAUCGGGAAGCUACGUGUAACAUGGUUCUUCAAUGAUCAACCACUUUCAACUGACAAUCGCUUGCAAGUAACGGAGACUGAUGAUGGAACAUCGAUACUAACAAUUCGUCAAGUUGAACUUGGUGAUCAAGGUGUCUAUACUACUAGAGCAACCAAUGCUUUUGGUGUAGCUGAAGGUCAGACAACAUUAAAGAUUGAUUGUAUCAAACCUGUCAUCAACGCUGAUCUCAAUAGUGCACUGAAAGUCACAAAAGGUGAAACCAUGGCACUAAAAAUCGUCUCCAGUGGAACACCAAAGCCUGACAUUGUCUGGAUGAAAGACGACAAUGAACUUACACCAAAUGAUCGCAUUCAAGUGACAACAUCGGAUGGUAACGAUGACAAAUACACAAUGGCUAUCUUGAAUGUACAACCAGGAGAUCAAGGUGAAUAUUCAGCCAAGAUUUUCAACGUUGGUGGAUCACUUGAAUCCAAUAAGUGUAAAGUCACUGUUUCGAAAUCACCAGUGUUCGUUGUUAAACCGACAGCACAAAAAGUAAAGCAAGGUGAAACAGCAGUAUUCGUGACAAAGAUUGAUGGAUACCCAACACCGACUAUAACAUGGCUUCUUAAUGGAAAACCAUUGACAGCGAAAGAAGGUGUUCAAGUGCAGUUCGAUGCUACCACUGAUGAAGCCAAGUUGUCCAUUCCGAACAUCGAUCUACAACAACAUGCAGGUUCGAUUACAUGUCGUCUCGAGAAUCCAUAUGGCUGUCAAGAAGAAACUGUUCAACUUGCUGUUCUUGCUGCACCAAUAAUCACCACACAGUUGCCCAAAGAACAAGAAAUUAUGAGUGGAGAAGAUGUCACAUUGAAAGUGGUUGUUCGAGGAUCACCACAACCGUCUGCUCAAUGGUGUGUACAAGGUGAUAGCAAAGAAUAA